AAAACUUAGGUUAGAAUGUCACUAAUAGACGUCGCCGGAUAAAAAUCAACAAUUUUUGAAAUAUUUGUUUAUGUUUAAACGGAACAGAAUAUUGUUAUUUUACCUUUGUUUGUAACGUUUUAUUAAAAUAUACAUAUAUUGGUUUUCACUCUUCGCGAGCCAAAUUUCCAAGGAAGCAAUGGCGGGCAACUUUUGGCAAAGUUCACACCACCAACAGUGGAUACUAGACAAACAAGAUCUUGUUCGGGAGAGACAACAUGAUCUUGGAAUAUUAACUGAAGAAGAAUACCAGAAAAUAUUUAUAUUUUUUGCUAGUGUAAUUCAAACCUUAGGAGAACAAUUAAAACUUCGUCAGCAAGUGAUAGCAACAGCAACAGUAUAUUUUAAAAGAUUUUAUGCCAGGAAUUCUCUUAAGUGUAUUGAUCCUUUAUUGCUAGCUCCAACUUGUAUUUUUCUAGCUUCUAAAGUAGAAGAGUUUGGAGUUAUCUCAAAUUCUAGGCUUAUUACCACUUGUCAGACAGUCAUUAAAAAUAAAUUUGGAUAUGCUUAUAGUCAAGAAUUUCCAUACAGAACCAACCAUAUCCUAGAAUGUGAAUUUUAUUUAUUAGAGAAUCUGGACUGUUGUCUUAUUGUUUAUCAACCCUAUAGACCACUGCUGCAGUUAGUUCAAGAUAUUGGUCAUGAAGAGCAACUUUUAACACUUGCCUGGAGAAUAGUUAAUGAUUCACUACGGACUGAUGUUUGUUUGCUAUAUCCUCCAUAUCAAAUUGCAAUAGGUUGUUUGGGGAUAGCCUGUGUUAUCCUUCAAAAAGACCAAAAGUCAUGGUUCGCUGAACUAAAUGUUGACUUAGAAAAGAUUCAGGAAAUAGCAAGGUGUGUUAUGAACCUAUUUGAAUUAUGGAAAAACUAUGAUGAGAAAAAAGAGAUUCAGGGACUUCUAGCUAAAAUGCCUAAGCCAAAACCUGCACCUCAAAGAUAAUAAUUGACAGUAUUUUAUUUAAUCAUAGUUUUAUACUUUAUUUAGUGUGAUUUAUACAAUGUUUUUUGUUAAGGAUAUUCAAACUAAAGUUGUAAAUUUAAAUUUAAAUGUAAUAUCAAGACAAGAAUGUAAUAAUUUUUUCUCUAAGUGAACAAUCAAAACAUUUUAGGAAAAUUGGCAUGCAACUGGAUUAAUAAUUAAGGUUAUGUUUUCCUUGAGGUGCAUUUCAGUACAAUAGUGUAAAUUUUUAGUAAUAAGUUUUAAUUGUGAUCAAUAUCAGAAAUAUAUCUUUCUGACAUUU